UAGAACUGACAACCAGCUAGCUCUGCUUUCCAAAGCAGAUUUCUGCAUUCCCAGCUGCUGGCUUCAGCUGCUGACGGGACUGCCACCUUUUCCCAUCUCCACAGCCUCAAGAAAAGAAAGAGACUUCAAACUUUCCAGAUCCCUUCCUCUCGUAGGAAACUGUCAAGCACAGGAAUAAAGAUGGCUACUAACCCAGUAGAAGACAACUGCAUCAACUUUGUGGGAAUGAAAUUUAUUGACAAUACACUUUACUUUGUAGCUGAAAAUGAUGACAACCUGGAAUCCGAUUACUUUGGCAAGGUUGAACCUAGACUCUCUAUCAUACGAAAUUUGAACGACCAAGUUCUCUUCGUUAACGAGGGCAAUCAACUAGUGUUUGAGGAUAUGCCUGAUUCUGACUGUACAGAAAACGCACCCCAUACCAUAUUUAUCAUAAAUAUGUAUAAAGAUAGCCUCACCAGAGGUCUGGCGGUAACCAUCUCUGUGAUGUGUAAGAGAAUGUCUACUCUGUCCUGUAAGAACAAAACUAUUUCCUUUAAGGAAAUGAGACCUCCAAACAGUAUCAACGACGAAGGGAAUGACAUCAUAUUCUUUCAGAGAAGUGUUCCAGGACAUGAUGAUAAGAUACAAUUUGAGUCUUCAUUGUACCAAGGACACUUUCUAGCUUGUAAAAGAGAGAAAGAGCUUUUCAAACUCAUUUUGAAAGAAAAGGAUGGAAGUGGGGACAAAUCCGUUAUGUUCACUGUUCAAAACCCCAUGCUAGAUAUUAAAAUCGCAGUUUGAAUUUUCUGACUUUCUGUCUUUCAGAAAGGUUGUAAGACUUUGAGCCUGUACUUAGAGUAAUGAAAUAAAGUGAAUAAUGGUCUCAAGA